CCUGUCCACCGCUGGCGUAACGCUUGUGGUUAAGUCAUCACUCGUGCAACCGCCGAACAUUACCACCGCCAGUCAGCGCUGGCUUUUAUAUUCUCCAUGACCGGCGUGCUUGUCUUCAGUCGUUACUUUUGCAUUUAAGCGCAUAGUCCAUAGUCACGGGAAACAAAAUCAUCGAAAAUCAUUGUCGGCAACAAGUUUUUGGUUAAAUUGUGAAUUUGUGUAGUUCUCCGUUAAAAAAAAUUGAUAUUCAUAAAAUAAAAUAAUAAACAAUUUUUACUAAAAUGCGCGCUAUAUUCCUUACAAUCAGCAUCCUCCUUUUGGUGUGGAAUGUAUCUAGUGAUGAUAAAAAGAAAGAACAAAAUAAUGCAGAAAUCUGGCAGCAAGAUUUAACCGACACGUUUAAAAUUGAAGGUUCAGAUCAGGGUAUUCAAAAGGUAAAUCUUAAGUGUGGUUCCAAUUCCAUGAACGUUAUGUUGGAGACAGAGAAACCAUUCACUGGCGUAAUGUAUACGCGUGGAAGCUUUUAUAAACAAAGUGCACCCUGUUUUGUUAAGCCAAGUACACAAAGUUCACGUUCUUUGGAGAUGAAUUUCCAAUUGGACCAGUGUCAAACCCUAAAGGAUGGCGAACUCUAUUCUAAUAUUGUUGUCAUACAAAAUGAUCCGGAAUUGAUUACUCCCGGUGAUUCCGCAUUCUCGCUGGAAUGUGAUUUCCGUCAACCGCGCAGUUUGGAUGUUGAAGCAAAUAUGCAAACUCGUGAAAGAGUUGUGCGCGGUUCCAAAAUCACACUUACAAGUCCUGAUCCUUCAACUGCAGAGAGUGACUCGAGCAUUUCAUAUCAAAGUGACACAGACAGCGUUGAAUACGUGCCAAGGCAACAAAGUGGAAACAUAAAUCAAGAAGACGUGAUACAUGAAGCUGAGACGGUGCGUUUGGGUACGGUAGAGGAAGUUACGUACACACUUGAGAAGGAUGAGCUUUAAAGGAAAUGAGUGUUCAGGAUUUCCAAGCGAUCUGACAACAAAAAUCACUGAAAAUUUACCAUAAAACAUGUACACAAAAUAAUUAUACAUAUUUUAUACACAAUCAUUACUUGUCCUAAGCACCAGUCGAAACGGACGUAACGAAACGGAGGUGGAGUCGUAAAAAUCUAACCGACAACAUACAUAUGAUACUUUUUGGACAAUACAAUUCAUUCAGUUUCCAUAUACUUUAUAAGUUAAUUUUAAAAGAAAGAUGUUCAAGGUAAAGGAACUGUAAAUUAAUAUAAAUCCUGUGAUAUGUUUGAAGAUGAUUGGUCAGAAUUAUAAUGAAAUAUAUAAUAUCUUUUGUA